UUUAUCGUCAUCCUUUCUGUACAACAGAUCGUGACUGUUAGACCUGUUGACAUCCCAACUCAUCACAAGUUUGGAACGUGAAUUCAUCAAUUCUAAUUUCGAAAAGAUCAUCUGCGGACCAACAGUUUGAACUCCUGCAACCUGCAUCGUCUCUGUUGAAAUCGCGCAUUUACCUACAUAAUUGCCUUCAGACCAAGACCAACCCAAUGCCCAACAACAUGAACGGACGCCCUGUUCAAGAGGCUCAUAUAGAUGGAAAUGAAUCAUCUGAUACAAUUGAAACAUCCAGCAGUGUCACUGUUGGGCUGAUGGAGAGGGAGAUCAGGGACCAGAUCAUGGCCCUGCAGGGAAACAGGACGAAUGAAUUUGAGCAACAGCUCUAUAUCGAACCCUACACUGCUAUAGAAGCGCAAGAGGGAGGAACCGAGGGAGGAACCGAUUCGCAUACGGCUCCUGUAGAAGAAGUUCCGCGCCGUCACGGUUCGGUUAUCGACCUGACAUCUAUGCCCGCCCCUCUCGAAAAGGCUCUCGCCAAGAUCAGAUCGGCAGGAGUGCCAGAGGGCAAAGUUCUCCGCUGGCUGGUGACUUUGGCCCAAUGGCGAAGCGACGAAUUUGUCGCGGAUGCUGUCGAGGAUCUAGAGUUCUUUUUAGAUUUGUUCAGACUGCGCUUGGAAACCUUUCGCAAUGGAGCUGUUGCGAGAGAUCCUAAGCUUCGCGCUGCAUUGUGGCGCGCUGAGAUGAACGCUUUGGAUUCUCCUCUCCUCAAGAGGCCGCGGCGUGAAUAGUACCCCUUCUAAUGCCGGUACCUUUGAUCUGUUCUCUUAUGGAAGGUUAUUACCCCUUUUUGGCUCUCGCAAGAGUAUCUGUGUCUCGAAUUGGCUCAACUACGCCUACUUUCUGCUUUUGUGUAUCUGUUAGGGUUGCCUUCCUGAGACAAGAGACAUAAUC